AAAAAUAAAGUCGAAUGUGAUAGGUAUUACCUACAUAUAGUUUUGAGUAACUUGUUAAAAUGAGCAAUAAUUUACCUUCAAUAAAAAUAGAGCGACCUCUAUACGAGUAUCAGAAAUUAAGAGAAGAUCUGAACUACGAGAAAACUAAAAAGCCUUAUAAAUUUUGUAAAAAUGUUACUUGCAAAAAAAUUAUAACCAGCACAAUUCCGGCUAUCGGUUGGAUUCCAAAAUAUGAGAAGACUUUUGUUUUGGGUGAUCUCGCAGCAGGAUUUACAAUCGCUGUCAUGCACAUACCUCAAGGAAUGGCUUAUGCCUUAUUAGCUAAUUUACCGCCAGUAAAUGGAAUUUAUAUGGCCAUAUUUCCAGUUCUCAUGUAUUUUUUCCUCGGAACCUCUAAACAUGCAUCUAUUGGGACAUUUUCGAUAGCUGCAGUAAUGACUGGUAAAGCUGUCUUAGAGUACAGCGAUUCAGAAACAUCACCCAGCCAAGUAGCAGCUAUUCUCACUUUAGCAGUGGCUACAAUACAGUUAAUCAUGUGCUUUUUGAGACUGGGUAUUGUGAGCACUCUUCUAUCUGAUGUAUUGGUGAACGCUUUUACUGCAGCGACAGCAUGUCAAAUAGUAGUCACUCAAGUGAAGGAUCUUAUUGGUUUAACGAUCCCAAAAGUUUCAGGAAACUUUUUAGCGAUAAGAACGUUGAUGAAGAUAUUUGAAAAUAUUGGGGAUUUCAAUGUAGCGGCGACCUUAAUCAGCGUUAUUUCAAUAGCGAUAUUGGUAGUCAGCAAUGAAUAUUUAAAGCCAAUUAUUGCAAAGAGGACAACAAUUCCGAUACCGAGUGAACUGUUUGUAGUUGUAUUAGGUGUUUUGACGUCUCAAUAUAUCGAUCUUCCCAAUAAGUAUCAUAUCAAAACAGUGGGUCACAUUCCUAGCGGGUUACCUGAACCAUCAUUGCCUCCAAUUUCUUUAUUUCCCUCAGUAGCUUUAGAUGGGCUGUCGCUAGCCAUUGUUUGCUAUGUCACUUCGAUGUCUAUAGAAUUAAUCCUGGCUCACAAGGCAAAUUACGAAAUUGAUCCCAAUCAGGAAUUAAUGGCCAUGGGUGUGAGUAAUGUAGUGGGAUCAUUGUUUUCUUGCAUGCCGAUAUCUGCUUCACUAUCUAGAUCGACAGUUCAACUAGUUGUUGGUGGGAAAACUCAGAUUGUUUCUAUUUUUUCAGCCAGUAUAUUGAUAGUGACAUUGCUUUCGAUUGGACCGUUUUUUGAGCCAUUGCCCAGAAGCGUACUUGCAAGUAUAAUAGUGGUUGCACUGAAAGGGAUGUUAAUGCAAAUGAAACAAAUAAUUACUUUUUGGAAAUUGAGCAAAGUGGAUUCGACUGUAUGGAUAGGGACAUUUCUAACAGUGGUUUUCGUGGGUUCUGAAAUUGGACUUUUAGUUGGUAUUAGUCUAUCACUGUGUUCAGUUUUCAUCUUAAGUUUGAAACCUGAUACCAGUCUUUUGGGUAAUGUUCCUAAUACAGAUUUGUAUCUAGAUAUUGAUAGAUUUAAAAAGGCAAAAGAAAUAAACGGCAUUAAGAUUUUCCAUUAUUGCGGCGGGAUAAACUUCGCGACGAAAAAUAUGUUCCGUGAUGAAUUAUACAAAAUGAUUGAUUUAAACGCACAAAAGGAAUUAUUAUUACGAGCUAAAUUAAAGAAACUUCAGGAACAGUUUGAAAAGAACAAAGACGGCAAAUUAACGGAAAAAAUGAACAGGAACGAAUCUAAAAUUAACAAGUGCAUAAAAUAUUUGAUAGUAGACUUUUCGUCCGUAACUUAUUUAGACCCAAGUGGGGCGGAAAUGCUGAGAAGCGAAUUCAAUAAUUUCAAAAAAUUAGAUAUUUCGUUUUAUAUAGCUGGGUGCUCAGAUCGAGUUUAUAACACUUUUGAAAGAUGUGGUUUAAUUUCUAAAGAUGAGAAUUAUUUGCGAAUAUUUUCAAGUAUUCAUGAUGCCGUGCAAUGUGCUUUAUUCAAUUUAGGAGCAGAAGAAAAUCAAGCCGAAAAAAGUAAUAAAAUUGAAGAAAUGGAAUUAGCUGAAUUAGUAUAAGUUACUUAAUUUAUUUUAAACAAAAAUUGAAUUCAAUACUCGUAGUAUUAAUUGUUUGUAGUAUAAUUGUAUAUACAUACUUGGAUGGAAGAUUAAAAUAGAAAAAAC